UUGAUAACAAAAUAGCUGAUUAGCGUGGUUAACUGCAUUACCUGAUUUAGGGCUAUGGAGUAAUGCAGAGAAAUAAUAUAUAAGGCGCUCAUGGUUGAGUGCAAGUGAAUCAGUUCAGUUCCGUGAAAGAAUUCCUGCACGUCCGCAAUAAUUUUUCAUUGCAAUUAAAAACGAAGUUACAAACUUUAGUUUUUUUUAAAUAGUUUCUAUCUCAGUUCUGACGCCAAAUAAUCUGCGUUCAUUUAUAAAGUGCAAAGUUUGCCACACUCACCGAAUCCAGUGCGCCGCCCAAAAUCCAGCGAGCAAAAAAUGAGGUUUCUUAGUGUCUUCCGGCGAGCAUCAGCAACAGCAGCUGCCCUAGGGUUUCCUUGUCAAAAACUUGUUUCUCGUUCGAUCGCCAGCAGUACGGUGAGGUGUAUAAAACCGACGACAACUCGGUCAUUGCAUCAGACAGUGGUGAUCCCGCAGUGCGUUAAAAUGUUGGACCAGCGCAAAACCUUCAGCGCCGAUUUUUUCUUCAGGCAGUUGAUGGACGAACAAUCACAUACCUAUACGUACCUGUUGGCGGAUAUUACCACCAAGGAGGCCGUCCUGAUCGAUCCCGUCCUGGAGCAGGCUAAACGAGACGCCAAGUUAAUCGAAGAGCUUGGCUUCACGCUAAAAUAUGCACUAAACACCCAUAUGCACGCGGACCAUAUCACUGGUACGGGAUACCUGAAACAGCUUCUACCAAGUACGGUAAGCGUAAUUUCGCUGAACAGUGGUGCAAAGGCGGACAAGCAUUUGGCUGACAAUGAGACGGUAAAGUUUGGCCGGCACGAGCUGCGUGCCCUCUGCACACCCGGCCAUACGAACGGAUGCAUGACGUUCGUGGUGGAAGAGCAGGGAAUCGCCUUUACCGGUGACACCCUGCUAAUCCGUGGCUGCGGACGGACCGAUUUCCAAGAAGGUGACGCUCGAACGCUUUACCGUUCCGUGCAUGACCGUAUCUUUACGCUGCCGGAAAACUAUCGACUCUUUCCGGCGCACGAUUACAAGGGUAAUAUGGAGACUACAGUUGCAGAGGAGAAACGCUAUAAUCCACGGCUUACGAAGGACGUUGAGGCGUUCGUCGAGUUGAUGAACAAUUUGAAUUUACCCUACCCGAAAAUGAUCGAUAAAGCAGUGCCAGCUAACCGUGAAUGCGGUUUGUUUGAUAUUCCAAAGGAAAACUAAUUUUCAACCGGUGAUAGCAACAAAUGGAGUUGAGAGUAUUAUUUACGACGAAUAAAAAUGUACCGAUGUGGUUCGCAGUUUUUACAAUGGUCCAUCUAUUCGCGGACAUGUUUUUUAAAUGCUAGAUUUUGAAUUAAAAGCAAAAAAUAUUUCGAAAUAGAGAAAAAUCUAAAAUAAAUAAAGAAAAUGAACUGUUUUA